AUGGCUCGUGGACAACAGAAGAUUCAGUCUCAGCAGAAAAAUGCCAAAAAACAAGCUGGACAGAAAGCUGCUGCUGCGGCUGCCUUGAUAUAGACCUGAACUUCCUGUAGGACACAGAUGCUGGACACCAAGACUUUCAAACAGCACUUUGAGAACAAACAUCCAAAGACUCCAUUUCCUCCAGAAUUGGCUGAUGUUUAG